AUGGCUCGCAGAGAUAGAUCCAUCUCUCCAGAGACGCCAAACAAAAGGGUAAGACAAUCCCAUCGCUCACCUCGCUCUCCGUCGCCAACUAGGCGCAGCAGCACCCAGCGGUCCUCCAAUGGACGGUCAAGAUACGACGACGACCGGGACAGAGACAGAGACAGGGACCGCGACCGCGACCGUCAUAGAGACAAAGACAGGGACAGAUACCGGGAUGACAGAUAUCGCGACGACAGACGAAGAGACUCGUAUAGAGACGAUAGAAGACGCUCUCGCUCUCGCGAACGAAGACCUUCUCCACCCCGUCCGGCAGCACCAGCAGAGCCAGUUGCAACGCCCCCUCCAGAGGACGAAAAGAUCAGGGCAAAAAGAGCCAAGCUUGAGGCUUGGAAAAAAGAGCGUGAGGCAAAGAAAGCUCUCGAUGAAGCCAAAGCCAAAGCCAUGGCUCUGGCGGGCAAAUCCAUGCCUGCACCAGCGGUACCUCCCGCGGCCACUACAAAGGCUCCCGGUCAAUUAAAUCGUUCUGCUCUUAAUGGUUUGGGCCUUAAAGGACUCCCUCUUAAGCCAGACUUUGCAAACCCUUCCAAGGCCCUCGUCACUGCUCUAGAUGACUCUGUAGAAUCAAAACGAAAACUCGAAACAUUGGGCGACAUGCCAGCGAUUGACAUGACCAUGGUGGAAGAUGAAGCGGGGGUCGGCGAUUUAGAAGUUGACGACGACGAUGAAGAGGCGAAUCGCAUGGACCAAGCCCUGAAAGCCAAAGCCAAGGACGCAAUGGAAGUUGAGGAAGAAGAAGAGGACCCGUUGGACGCGUUUAUGAAUGAGGUUAAACAGGAGGUCAAGAAAGUCAAUAUGCAAGAUAUGCAGAAGUUUGCCCAGUCAACGGGUGGUCGCUCAAGAAUAAGGCUCGAUGAAAGGAUGGCUGAAGAUGGCGCUGAGGAUGAAACUGAAACUGCUGUGCCUGAUGAACUCGACGCCACUGAGCUCAACCCCGAAGAUAUUCUCGCUCUUGCAGCCAAAAAGGCCAAAAAGAAAGAACUGGCUACCGUUGAUCACUCUCGAGUCCAUUACGAGCCAUUUCGUAAAGAGUUCUACGUGCCUCCGCCAGAUAUCGCAGCUAUGUCGGAGGACGAUGCUGAACUUCUCCGACUUGAACUUGAUGGUAUCAAAAUCCGUGGUCUCGAUUGUCCGAAACCGGUCACGAAAUGGAGUCAUUUUGGUCUACCUGCUAAUUGUCUUGAGGUAAUUAAAAGGCUCAACUACACAGCCCCUACUUCGAUCCAGGCGCAGGCCAUACCGGCAAUCAUGUCAGGGCGUGAUGUUAUUGGCGUGGCUAAAACGGGUUCAGGAAAAACUAUAGCAUUUUUGCUGCCUUUAUUCCGUCACAUUAAAGAUCAACGACCUUUAGAACAAAUGGAAGGUCCUCUUGCAGUUAUCAUGACUCCGACUCGUGAAUUAGCUGUCCAGAUUCAUCGAGAGUGCAAGCCCUUCUUGAAGGUUCUUAAUCUACGGGCUGUUUGCGCUUAUGGAGGUUCUCCUAUCAAAGAUCAGAUCGCGGAACUUAAAAAGGGGGCGGAAAUUAUCGUCUGUACCCCUGGUCGCAUGAUUGACCUUUUGACUGCAAAUUCAGGACGCGUUACCAACCUGAAGAGGGUUACUUAUGUCGUAUUGGAUGAGGCUGAUCGUAUGUUUGACAUGGGGUUCGAACCCCAGGUGAUGAAAAUCGUCAAUAACAUACGGCCUGACAGACAAACGGUACUCUUUUCGGCCACAUUCCCAAAGCAAAUGGACUCGCUUGCCCGAAAAAUUCUCCGAAAACCACUCGAGAUUACUGUGGGUGGACGUUCUGUUGUCGCAGCCGAAAUCGAACAAAUCGUCGAGGUGCGCUCGGAGGAGACAAAGUUCAAUAGGUUACUCGAGAUAUUGGGCCAGAUGUAUAACGAGGACCCGGAAUGCAGAACGUUAGUGUUUGUCGAUCGCCAAGAGGCUGCUGAUAAUCUGCUUCGUGAGCUUAUGCGCAAGGGUUACCUGUGCAUGUCCUUGCACGGCGGCAAAGACCAGGUCGACCGCGAUUCAACCAUCGCAGAUUUCAAAUCUGGAGUUGUCCCCAUUGUCAUUGCUACUUCCGUUGCUGCCCGUGGUUUGGAUGUUAAGCAACUCAAACUAGUCAUCAACUAUGAUUGUCCCAAUCACAUGGAAGAUUAUGUCCAUCGCGCAGGACGAACAGGCCGUGCGGGCAACAAAGGAACUUGCGUUACUUUUGUUACCCCCGAGCAAGAACGAUAUUCGGUUGAUAUUUAUCGUGCUCUCAAAGCUAGUAACGUUACGGUACCGAAAGACCUUGAAGAUCUAUCCAAUGGAUUCUUGGACAAAGUUAAAUCCGGAAAGGCUCAAGCUGCCGGUUCUGGGUUUGGUGGCAAGGGUCUCGAUAGGUUGGACAAGGAGCGCGACGCCAGAGAAAAGGCCGAGCGCAAGGCCUACGGUGAACCUACUGGCGCCGAAGAAGAGAAGAUAUCUUCUGCAGAAGAAGUGGCGGUGAAGGCUGUCGCCGCGAGCACUGAUGACAUGACCUUUGGAAACUUCAAAGUCGAGAUCAAACGUGGCCCUGCUCCCGAUUCAUCAAAGGGUCUCCUCGGAGUUGGCGGUGCUGUUGCGGCUGCACGCAGGCUCGCCCAUGCCAAAGAGGAAGAGAAAAUCCAAAGCCAGAUGCGUGCAGCAGAAGAAGCCGCCGCAAGGGCCGGCAAGGACACUGCCGCGCACAAACAAGCUCUCAGUGUUGUCGCAAAACUCAAUGCCCAAAUGCGCGCGUCCAAGUUGGUGUUACAGUCCCAGCUGCAGGCAGAAGAAUCUGGCGCUUCUCGAAAGGCGAACCCCGAUUCAACCGAUUUCCAUGCCAUCAUACCCAUCAACGAUUAUCCUCAAAAAGCUCGUUGGCGUGUUACUAACAAGGAGACCAUGGUACAGCUCAUCGAUAUGACUGGUGCUUCGGUUACCAAUAAGGGUAUCUACUAUGAACAUGGAAAGGAACCCCCUCCUGAAGGACCCCCCAAACUUCAUCUUCUCAUUGAAUCUAAUGAGGAAUUCAGGGUCGAGCAAGCCGUCAGGGAAAUCAAAAGGUUGCUCAUCGAAGCUUCAGCAGCUGCCUUGCAAGCAGAGAUGCGUAAUCCAACAGCUACGAUGGGCAGAUACAGUGUGUUGUAG